AUGAGUGUGUCUUUGGCCGCGAUAAGAGCCCCAUAUCGGUCCUGUGAGACUUUUCUCAAUCGUAUUGCAAACUAUGCCGACAUGGCACAAACCCUCAUUUCAAAUCAAGAUGUUAAAUGGCGUUCAGGUAUGGUAGGAGAGGAGACAAUGACGCUGUGGAAAAAUUACGCUCGCCUUCAUUCUGGCUUUUCCAAAAUCAAAUUGGUCAUCUCACGUCAUUUAUGA